CACAGCUCUCUGAAGCUUUCGAGUGCAGAGCCAUCUUCCAGACCGGAGAGAGCGAGAAAAGGAGGGGGGGACAGGAGAAAGAAUUUGGGGGACCCCGGCUCAGAUUGUCGGCUUUUUAAAGGCAUUUUGGCAUUCAGAGCGAUCAGAAGUAACCGUAGCGGGAACAGGACGUACGUCUGGAAAUCAGGACUGAGAAACCGGUGGGAGAUCGCGGGAGCAAACACAGUGACACGCUGUUGUAGAAGAAAGAAAUAUGAGAGGGCAUCUGUAGUAGUACAAUCAAAAAUACAUAGCUAGCUAACCUAGCCAUAUUUGCCGGUGAACAAAUGUCAAGCCUGUUUUGCAUGGUUGAUGAAGUCGAUCAGCUAAGCUUAGAAGCUUUGUUAACUGAAGUAUCAGCGACAAUCACGACCUCAUUGAAUAAACUAAAGCAACAGAGAGGAGAGCGUUUGUUUUGAGAAGCUACUUGUGUGUUUAGACUAGAUUUGGGGAACAAGUGUUUCCUCCUAACAAAGCUUUGUCAGCAUUAAAAUUCUCUUAAAUACCUUCUGGACUUAUUGGAGAACAUAAAACAUGUGUUGACAAGUCAUAUCAGCUCUCAAGUGUGUCAUUUAAUGCUUUUAUGGCUAAUUCGGAUUAGCAAACUAGCCAGCAGCAGCAGCAGCCUCAAAACUAUUUGCCAGUAGCUAGCUAGCCGCUAGGAGUUAGCUAGCUAGUUUGCUAGCUAACUGGUUGUCUCUCGUCCGUUUGUUUUUCAUUUGAAGAAUCUCAAAACCUCAUAUACGAGCCAUUUUAAUAUCAGAAAGUGGAUUAGUUGAUUUAAGCCGGUCGUGUUUACAGUAACCAUAGGUCGUUGUUACAGGAAGGGCCUGUUUUUCUUCCCCCUCCUCACCGUUCGCUUGAUGUUUAGCUCUUUAUUUAGCCGUAGCUAGUUUCGCUAGCCGAAGGAAGAGCUAUUGUGGGACACAGGCGAGAGAGAGCGGCUCAGCUGAGUGGAUAAACAGGAGAAAGGGGUGCAGUGCAGGAAGAAAAUAGUUAACUUUUUCGAGCGAGUUUGCAAACAGCUCCUCGUCUCUGAGUAAGUACUUUCUUUGAACAUUUCACUACAACACUACAUCGACAGUAUGACUAGCUUAUAGUGCAGCAUAUAGGGGGAAAAAAACCUUGACAGUCCUCAGUGUAGUAGUUUGGUAGCUCGUAAGAAAAGGCUUAGCUGAGUUACUCUUUAUCUGCCAUGCAGACUUGCUGAAAAAAGGUCCAACACAAAGAAACUUGAAUAUGUUUGUAAUGUUAGUGAACGAGCCCUGGGAUCAACUCACAUAAAUUAGUUCCUAGUCAUGAUUAUAAUAGCAGAAAUGUUAUUGCUUUUAUCUGCAAAGAUAAAAAGUGUUAUUUUACUUUGCUCUCUUUGAGUCAAAGUGUAGCCCUAUCUUCUGCUCAGGACAGCUUUCACUAGUUGUGCAUAUUACAGCUAAAUGUUUAUCUUGUCUUUCAAGCUGUAUGUAUGGAUCAGGAUUAGGAGUACUUUUAAAAUCUUAAGCAGUGGGAAUACAUUCCAAAAUCAUGGAUUAACUUUACAUUAAUGCUGCCCAAGGAUCAGAUGUGACUGUUGUGAUGUGGAGUUGAAUGGAUGUGCUUUGACACCCAGUUCACGUUGUCACCGUAAAUAGCCCACAUUUGACUGAGAAGAAAAGGCAAAAAAGACUUGCUUUGCUUGAGAGACUUGGGAGAGUUUCCUUGCUGUGUUUUGGUUCUCUUCACCUCCCCCUCCCCUCCCCCAGCUGCAACUUGCCCAGUGGAAGUGUGCUUCGCUCAUGCAGGCUGCCUGCACUCCCUCUGUCAGCUGCGAGCUGUCCUCCCAAAGCAGCAACUAAUUCCCCAUUGUUGAAGUCCUCAGCUUUUUCUAAUUGCAACCAGCGAAUGUAAUGGAACUAAUGUUCGCCGAGUGGGAAGACGGAGAGAGGUUCUCCUUUGAAGACUCUGACCGUUUUGAAGAGGAUUCCCUUUGCUCAUUCAUAUCAGAGGCAGAGAGCCUCUGUCAGAAUUGGAGAGGAUGGAGAAAGCAGUCUGCUGGCCCGAAUUCACCCACUGUUAAGAUUAAAGAUGGACAGGUCAUCCCACUGGUGGAGCUGUCAGCCAAGCAAGUGGCAUUCCAUAUCCCAUUUGAGGUGGUGGAGAAAGUCUAUCCUCCAGUCCCUGAGCAGCUUCAACUUCGCAUUGCUUACUGGAGCUUUCCUGAAAAUGAGGAGGACAUCAGGUUGUACUCUUGCUUGGCCAAUGGGAGUCCUGAUGAGUUCCAGCGUGGUGAGCAGCUCUAUCGGGUGAGAGCUGUGAAAGAUCCCCUGCAGAUAGGUUUCCACCUCAGUGCCACUGUCGUCUCGCCCCAGGCUGGCCAAUCAAAGGGUGCCUACAAUGUGGCGGUCAUGUUUGACCGCUGUCGGAUUACUUCCUGCAGCUGCACAUGCGGAGCCGGGGCCAAAUGGUGCGCCCAUGUUGUGGCGCUUUGCCUCUUUAGGAUUCACAAUGCAUCUGCUGUGUGUCUGCGAGCCCCCGUUUCAGAGUCCCUGUCUAGGCUGCAGAGGGACCAACUUCAGAAGUUUGCGCAGUACCUCAUCAGCGAGCUUCCACAGCAGAUCUUGCCCACAGCCCAGCGUCUCUUGGAUGAGCUUCUUUCGUCACAGUCAACCGCUAUUAACACAGUAUGUGGAGCGCCAGACCCUACAGCUGGACCUUCGGCCUCUGACCAGAGCACCUGGUACCUGGAUGAGUCUACCCUCAGUGACAACAUUAAGAAGACACUGCACAAGUUUUGUGGCCCUUCACCUGUAGUGUUCAGUGAUGUGAACUCCAUGUAUCUGUCCUCAACGGAGCCCCCCGCUGCAGCUGAAUGGGCCUGCUUACUGAGGCCCCUUAGGGGCAGAGAGCCAGAGGGCAUCUGGAACCUUCUAUCCAUCGUCAGGGAAAUGUUCAAGAGGAGAGACAGCAAUGCUGCCCCACUGUUAGAGAUCCUCACUGAGCAGUGCCUCACAUAUGAACAAAUCAUUGGUUGGUGGUACAGUGUACGAACGUCUGCAUCCCACAGCAGUGCCAGUGGGCACACAGGCCGCAGUAAUGGGCAGACGGAGGUGGCAGCUCAUGCUUGUGCCAGCAUGUGUGAUGAGAUGGUGGUGCUGUGGAGGCUGGCGGUGCUUGACCCCACCAUGAGCCCCCAGAGGCGUUUGGAGCUUGCUGCCCAGCUCAAGCAGUGGCACCUCAAGGUGAUUGAGAUUGUGAAGCGUGGACAGCACCGCAAGUCCCUGGACAAGCUCUUCCAGGGUUUUAAACCAGCUGUCGAGUCCUGCUACUUCAACUGGGAAGUGGCUUACCCCCUGCCAGGCAUUACCUAUUGCAGCACGGAUAAGAAGAGUGCCUCUUUCUGUUGGGCCAGGGCAGUGCAGCAGCAGAGGGGGGCCAAGGUAGGGACGAGUGGGGAACCUUUAGAGCCUGGAGGAGCAGGAGGAGGUGGGCGUGGUGGGGGAACUGAAGUAGGAGCUUCUGAACACAGAUCACGUAGCAGCUCUCACACACCUCAGCAGGAAGUGGCUGUGCGGCCCAAGGAAACCAUUGUGAGCAAGAGGAAAGGCAUGUCAGGAGUCAACAGUGGAGGAAUGUUGGUGCGGUUAGGUGGUGGAAUGUCCUUGUCUUUAGAUGAAGGUACAAAGGGCACAUACAAAGCUGGUGGUUCCUCUUCUUCAGCUAGCAGCAAAGCCAAACUGACCCAGAGCAGUAAGAGCUCCUGUGGAGGCUCUGGUGCUGUUGGAGGGAAGCACCCCAGUGCUAAGCGGCGCACCAGUAGUGAGGACAGCUCUCUGGAGCCUGAUAUGGCCGAGCUGAGCCUGGACGAUGGCUCAAGCCUGGCUUUGGGAGCAGAAGCAAGUAACACGUUUGACUUUCUGCCACCACCGCCGGAGAUGCUGCCCUCACCUAGCCCUCUGCUCCGAGAACCGCGCAAGUAUAGUAGCAGUAGCAGCAGUAUUGCCAAGGACCGCACAUUUGAGGGUAAACGUGUCACCCACUCAGCAAUACCACUGGCAGCAGAUGGACCUCACUGCUUCUCUAAAGAGAGCCCCAUGGUAGUAGCAGUAGAGAAAGAAGUGGAUGUGGAAGCAGAACUUGAGGAAAACGGAGCAGAUGAGGAUCCAGUAGAGGACGUUAGGCCCUCUCCGUCAGCAGCUAUGGCAGUCCCUGUCACAGUCAAGCCUCCUCGAGGCCGGAGAGAAGGUGAAGGUAGCAGCACGGCAGGGACUCCUGGCCCACAAGGCCCAGAAGCAGCAGCGGCAGCUGCGGCUGGUGGGGACCCAGUUGGUGAGGAUGACUAUCAGGCCUAUUAUCUCAGUGCUGCUUCUGAGGAGGGGGCAGAGAGAGGAGUACCAGACAGCAACCAUGAGGAGGAACCGGACAUAUUUGCUGGGAUCAAACCUCUGGAGCAAGAAGGGCGAAUGGAGGUGCUGUUUGCAUGUGCAGAGGCCCUGUAUGCUCAUGGGUACAGUAAUGAAGCAUGUCGUCUGGCUGUGGAGCUAGCAAGGGAUCUCCUGGCCAACCCUCCUGACCUCAAGGUUGAGCAGCCACAGACGAAGGGUAAGAAGAGUAAGGUGUCGACCAGCAAGCAGACACAAGUGGCUACCAACACCCUGUCUAAAGCAGCCUUCCUGCUGACAGUCCUGAGCGAGAGGCUCGAGUUCCAUAAUCUGGCCUUCAGUACUGGCAUGUUCUCCCUGGAGCUCCAGAGGCCUCCAGCCUCCACCAAGGCCCUGGAGGUGAAGCUGGCAUAUCAGGAGUCAGAAGUAGUUGCUUUGCUAAAGAAGAUUCCUCUUGGGCUGGUGGAGAUGACCGCCAUAAGAGACAGAGCUGAGCAGCUGCGUGAUGGAAACUUCUGUGAUUACCGGCCAGUUCUGCCUCUCAUGCUGGCCAGUUUUAUAUUUGAUGUUUUGUGCACCCCUGUGGUCUCUCCGACGGGUUCUCGCCCACCCAGUCGAAACCGUAACAAUGAGAUGCCAGGUGAUGAAGAGCUGGGCUUUGAGGCUGCAGUUGCUGCACUAGGUAUGAAGACUACAGUUAGUGAGGCGGAACAUCCUUUGCUGUGUGAGGGCACUAGGAGGGAAAAGGGAGACCUUGCUUUGGCCCUCAUGAUUACCUACAAGGAUGACCAGAGCAAGCUGAAAAAGAUUUUAGACAAGCUUCUGGACCGUGAGAGUCAGACUCAUAAGCCUCAGACUCUGAGCUCAUUCUACUCCAGUAAGCCAGCCACUGGGAGCCAGAAGAGCCCAUCCAAACACACCACCCAUGGGACUGGUGGAGCUGCAGGGGGUGUGUCCAAACACGCAGCACCCACAGGAACAGGAGGUUCAGCCUCUGUGCAGGGCGUAGCCAGCGGAGGGGCGACUGGACAGCAAGGUGGGCUGACAGGUAGUGGUGUCCAGAGCACAGCGACAGGAGAAGCAGUUGGCGAGAACCGAGAACAAGAUGGAGCUCAGUCAUCCUCAUGUGAUCAGCAGAAUGAGGUUGCCCCCUUUAAGCCUGAGGGUACAGUGCCCAGCCGCCUGGCGCUCGGUGGGCGUGGAGCCUAUGGAACACGCUGCUGGGGCUCACCUGUACGGCAGAAGAAGAAGCACACAGGCAUGGCAAGCAUUGAUAGUAGUGCUCCCGAGACAACCUCAGAUAGCUCCCCCACGCUCAGCCGUCGCCCGCUGCGAGGUGGUUGGACAGCUGCCUCUUGGGCGAGGGGUCAAGACAGCGACAGCAUCAGCAGCUCGUCUUCUGAUUCGUUGGGCUCCUCGUCAUCCAGUGGGUCACGAAGAGCUGGAGGAGGAGCCAGAGCUAAGAGCACGGACACCAGCAGGUAUAAAGGGCGUCGUCCUGAAUGCCACGCUCCACAUGUGCCCAAUCAGCCGUCAGAGGCGGCUGCUCACUUCUACUUUGAGCUGGCUAAGACGGUGCUGGUAAAGGCUGGAGGAAACAGCUCCACUUCCAUCUUUACUCAGCCCUCUGCCAGCGGGGGCCACCAGGGACCUCAUCGCAACCUGCACCUGUGUGCCUUUGAGAUUGGCCUGUAUGCAUUGGGCUUGCACAAUUUUGUGUCUCCCAACUGGCUGUCCAGGACGUACUCUUCACACGUGUCCUGGAUCACAGGCCAAGCUAUGGAGAUUGGCAGUGCUGCCCUCAACAUCCUUGUAGAAUGCUGGGAUGGUCACCUCACCCCUCCAGAGGUGGCGUCGCUGGCAGAUCGGGCAUCACGGGCACGGGACCCCAACAUGGUGCGGGCUGCAGCAGAGCUUGCGCUGAGCUGCCUACCUCAUGCUCAUGCCCUCAACCCUAAUGAGAUCCAGAGGGCGUUAGUGCAAUGCAAAGAACAGGAUAACGUGAUGCUGGAAAAGGCCUGUAUGGCAGUAGAAGAAGCCGCGAAAGGUGGAGGAGUAUAUCCUGAGGUGCUGUUUGAGGUGGCCCAUCAGUGGUACUGGCUGUAUGAGCAGACUGUAGGUGGAGGCUCCGCUGGACAGAGAGAGGGGCCAAGCCGAUGUGGGGCCAACGGUGGGGCAGGGCGGAGGCCUCCAGAGGGGGGCUGUGGUGUGCUAGACAGCGCUGGGGCCAUGGACUCGUCAGGUGUAGCAGCAGUGACGGCGUCUGUGACUGCUGCUGCUGUGGUGCCUGUCAUCUCCGUGGGCUCUACCAUAUACCAGUCCCACACGCUUCCUGGCUCAGCAAUGGCUCACACGCAGGGACUACACCCCUACACAACCAUUCAGGCCCAUUUACCCACUGUCUGCACCCCACAAUACCUGGGCCACCAGCUCCCGCACGUUCCUCGCCCCGCUGUUUUUCCUGUUUCUGGUUCUACCUAUCCACAAGGAAUGCACCCUGCGUUUAUUGGUGCCCAAUACCCAUUCUCUGUGGCCUCUGGCCCUCAUCCCCCCAUGGCAGCAACUGCAGUCACCUUCCCAGGAGUUCCUGUACCGUCCAUGACACAGAUUGCCGUCCACCCCUACCAUACUGCAGAUGCAACCUUGCCCCUCAGCACAACUGUGGCAGGUGGGGUUCACUCUGGCUCCGCCAUCCAGGCGAUUCAGGGGGCCUCUCUUCCAGGCCUUUCCUCUCAGCCAGCCUCGUUGGUCAGCACGCCAUUCCCUGUGGAAGAUGAGCAGCACAGUCAGCCAAUCAGCCAGCAGGGUCUGCACUACCUGCAUUCAGCCUACAGAGUUGGCAUGCUGGCUCUGGAGAUGUUAGGCAGGAGGGCUCACAAUGACCAUCCCAAUAACUUUUCCCGGAGCCCUCCAUACACAGAGGAUGUUAAAUGGCUGCUUGGACUUGCUGCACGACUUGGCGUGAAUUAUGUGUAUCAGUUCUGUGUGGGGGCUGCUAAAGGUGUGCUGAGUCCGUUCGUCCUGCAGGAGAUCAUAAUGGAGGCUCUGCAGAGGCUGAAUCCUGCACACAUACAUGCUCACCUCCGCACUCCUGCCUUCCACCAGCUCGUGCAGCGCUGCCAGCAGGCCUACCUACAGUACAUCCACCACCGGCUAAUCCACCUGACCCCAGCGGACUACGACGACUUUGUGAACAUCAUCCGGAGUGCCCGUGGGGCCUUCUGCCUGACCCCGGUGGGCAUGAUGCAGUUCAAUGACAUCCUGCAGAACCUGAAGAGGGGGAAGCAGACCAAGGAGCUGUGGCAGCGGAUCUCGCUGGAGAUGGCCACAUUUUCACCUUGAGCGCUCCACAUACCAGCUGGGACUCAACUGCAGCUUUGAGCCCAGCCCAGUCUGACCCACAGCCCACCUACCAGGUCAUGUCCUGCACAAGCCCAUCACUGGCAGCACAAUCAGUCCUCCUCUUGGCCCUGGAGCACUCCAGGAUGGUAACCAGUGUGCAGUCUCGCGGAGUUGCCAAGGCCUGGGAGUAAUUCAAGUCUGAAGGGUUCCUGCCCUUAAUAAGUUGACGAGCUCAUUGUUGUGUCUGAAUAUUUUAUGUGUGAUGUCGAGUAACUUAUGACUAGUGUUUAUCCUCAGAAUCUGUCCUUUUUCCCUUUUCACUGAACUAUGUUGAUGCUCUGUGCUCUCCUCCCUUGAGUUUGUUUAAAUGGUUGAAAUACGAAGUUUUUUCUUUUUUUCCAUUUGUUUUCUUGAUGUUCGUUUCUUCAAAUUUGAAUGAAACCACUAAAUGUCAGACUCAUACUGCAACAUUCCUCUGCCUUGGAGGAGUGAGCCUCCACCGGUCAUGAAAGAUUUCAACUUUGGAUAUUCACACCGUGUUCAAACGAGGGAAAAAAAGUUUGUUAAAAGAAUUAAACAGACAUUUAAUAUGAAACAAUAAUCUGAGUACGGGUGAGGAUUCUUCUAUGUUUUGUUUAUUCUUUGUUUUUUUGAUAUUUUGUAUAGUAUGGUAUGUCUGCAGAGAGCAGUUUGGAGAGUAAGAGAAUGUUAAGUGACUGCUAUGUGAGUUCCUAUUUCCACUUAGCUGUUGGUGGCAGGGGCUUGAGAGUCUUGGAACACAGAGGUCUGGCUGGACCAGAUAUCUAUAUUUUUUUAAGCUUAAAUAACUCUUCGUGUUUCACAAAUUAUCAGUAACAAGUCCACUGCCAACUAGGCCCUCUGUAUGUCGUUUGACUUUUCAGUCCUUAAAUCUGAAGGAUAUUUGUGUUUUGUUUUCUGUUUAUAUGUACUUAUUACCAGCAAGUAUUUGUGCAUACACAGACACAAGCAGUAUUCUCUUUUCAAAUCUAAAUUGACCUCUGUCUGUCUCUCAUGCUCACUCUCUCUGAUUUUUUCACCCACUGUAGCUUCUUCUGGACAGGUGGUCCAUCAAAGGCAUCGCCAAAUCCCUGUGUUCCACUUUUAAGUCCAGUGCUAGCUUUGGAACUCACUAGUAGGGAGUGACUGUGUAGAAAAUGUACUGUGAUAUUUUUGUAUUCUUCAAAGUGUAGCUUGGUUGGGAAUAAAAAAAAAAAUAUAUAUAUAUAUAUAUAUAUAUAUAUAUAUAUAUAUAUAUAU